AUAUAUAUAUACAUAUAUAUAAAGGAGAAGCAGAGAACAGCCAUUGGAAAGGACAGAAAGGACAACCGAUACAACAACCAACUUAAAAGUUACAUUACCGCUGCUGUGAAACACUUAAUCGAUUGGGGAACGCCGAAGAACAAGGCAACACGAAUGACACGCUCAGCAACAGAAGAAAGUAAGAUUAAAAAGUCAAAGGAAUCAUGAGCAUGGGAGAGUAUCAGCAACACACCAAUGGCGAAAUGAAGAUUUAAAAUACAUCUUUCAACAGCGAGGAAACAAUGUUCGUGUAGCAAGUCAACGUACAUAAACACACGACACAAAUUAAGAGAGCGCGAGGUGGGAGGAUAAAGCCAAUUUACUCAAUCGACCGUCAGUGGCACCGAAUCAUGCUAUAGGCCGGCUAAAAUUCAGAUCAAUAUCGGUGCCAAGCCGCUCGAUCAUCGUUUCGAGCUGAUUCAUGAUGAGAAAAGAAAAGCAGUCGUGGCUGUGCGGGCCACCAUCAAAACGGCCCAUAAACAUUCGAUGAAAAAACUCAUCCGCGAGAAAACAUCUAGACGAUUGUACAUGUAUUAACUAUUUUCAUGUUUGUUUCCUCAGCGAAAGGCGUCCGCCAUUAUUUCUACUUCGAUGAUUUCAAUUACUAGUACUACAAUUACCAUUAAGGGGGGGGGGGGGGGAGAAGUGCAGGCGGGACAAACACCUGUUCUGUGCGAUACAAAUGGACUGAUCCUUGGAAAAAAAGAAACCUGUGAAAAAUGCUAAAGCUAGGGAAAUUAGUCGAAUCAAAGAAGGAUGUUAGUUGGCUUUCCUUAACAGUGUGUUAGUACGACACUGCGGAAGCCAUAGCGACCAUGGGUAACGAUGAUACCGCGCAAAAAAUCCUUGUAUAGAACCUAUAGUGAUGAUAUAUAUAUAUAUACGGAAAGCAAGACGUGGUGGCUUCGUAAUAAUAAUAAUAAUGAUGGUAAUGAAAAUAAUACUGAUGCUAUUGAUGAUGGCAAACAAAAUAAUAAUACUGAUGAUUACGAUAUAAACGAAUUAUAACGAAGUUGUAAUGAAACAAUCGAUUGACAGACACAGACAACAAAUACAUUCUAAUAAAUACAUUGAGCUAGCUAUCUAUCGACUGAGCAACACGGAAGAUAUAGUGAAAGGUAAAUGUGAAUGUAGAUGUAAACGGAACAGCUAAGAAAUCGGUGAAAGCAAAACGGAAAAGGGAGCAGUUGCGGGGCGACGAUGGAAGCGUUACAAAGCUUCACUUGAAGACAAUGUAGGGGGCACGCCAAUAGGUCGACCUCUAUCAACGCGUGCUGGUCAAUACAUACGUGCCACUUGAAUUUUGAUACUUCGAGUGCCGUGUGAGAGAAAAAGGCCACAAAAAGGUGGAGAAAGACACUGAGAAAAGAAGAAAAUGUGCGUGUAUGUUUGGUGUGUCCUUCUUGUAAACUGAGAGAUUCAGUGGAUGCGUGAGUGGCUGCCUGGUACCAUGAAACGCGCAUGCGUUAAAUAGCAGGGAAAUAGAAUGGGUUGAUCGAUUGACAGAUGGGGCAAAAGGAACGAAAGCAACAAUGGGUGAACAGGAAACUGAGAAAGACAUUGCCGAAUUGCAGAUGAUUAAAUGUUAAAUAAAGUAUAAAGGAAGGUGGUGCUGAUGAUGAUGACGACGGUGUAAAUGGUGACGACUAGGCUAUCAGCAAUGAACAAUGUGCCGCGAUAAAUCAUCGUGAAGAUGGGACAUAACGGUGAACGAAGAUUUAGUACAGUAAUAGCAACGUAGGCGGGUUUGGCCGGAAAGUGGACCGGUUACUGCUGCUGUACAAGCCAACCAAACAAAUGAAGCAACAAAUAGACAAGGAAUACAACAACAAUAACAUCAGCAUCAACAGUAACAACGACAAUGAAAAUAAGAAAAAAGAACGAAAGAAACAUGAGUGUGCUUGUGUAGUAAACAAAAAAAGUAGAGAGAAAAAGGAUGAUGGCGAAAGAGGACAUCAACAAGAAGAACAACAACAUUACAAGAUGAAAAUAAAGAACUGAAGUUGUAUGAGCUGUGAGGCGUAGAACAACAUUAUGACCAUGACGAUAAUUACAAAGACGACGACGACGACGAUGAUGAUAAUAAUGAUAUGGAUAAUGAUAAUGAUGAUGGUAAUAACAAUGAUGAUGGUGAUGAUAGACGUAGAUGGCGGUUGGUCGGCCGAAGAAGUUAAGGAGAGUAAAUUGAGCGACAAGUUUAAUGGCAUGUAUGAGUACGCACAUGAAGACCACUUUAUUCAGUUGAGAAAAACGCGGUUUCUGUAUGAUUUGGACGAGCGCCACAGGGUUCAACGUUCCAUUGAGUUCGAUAUCAUGCCGCUGCGAAUUCCGUUGAUUUGCAUAUGUAACCAAAUAGUAGGAACGGCCAUCAAGUGGUCGUCGAGGUGUAAAUAUGGCCGUCCGCGACAAUGUGCACGUGCCAAGUGAUGUCAAUGGAAAAACAGAAGAGAAUCAAAACGUUAUCCAAUUACAGAAAAUAUUCUCAGAGCUUCGGGACAGGACAGGAGCAUUUUGCCAGAUGCUGGAGUCACUCCAGUUGGAUAUUUCUGGUCGUGAAACGAAAGAUGGCCUUUCAUGGCUUGAACUAAAGAAUCACAUGCUGCUUAGCUACUUGAUCGACAUAAACGAUGUCGUCCAGAGCAAACUCAAAGGCAAAUCGAUUGCCGAAAGCCCCUCAAUCCGUCGCUUAAUAGAAUACCGAACAGUACUUGAGCGAAUGCGACCUAUUGAUCAAAAGUUGAAAUAUCAACUACAGAAGAUGCAAAAGAUUGCAGCCACUGGAAAGGUUGACAAGAACGAUCCACUGAGAUUCAGAGCCAAUCCCGACGCGUUUGAAUUCGACAACAAUAUCAACAGCGGUAACGAUCAAGAGGCGGCAAAGGAUGAAAAAAAGACAAAUGAUGCUACCAAAAAUGGUACGUCAAGGUCUAAAAGCGGUUCUCCAGGAGCUGCUAGCGUUAACAGGGCAAAGCCCUCCACGGGAGUUUACGUCCCACCAAAGUUAACGCCGCUGCAGUAUCUUGAAGAUGAGACGCAUGAGGCUCGUCGAGAUAGACAAACUACGCAGGCCAAACGAAGGGCACUUAGUUCCAGUCUGAUUGCAGAACUUCAGAGGGAAUUCCACGAAGGUCCAAUGGAGGUGCGCGAAGAAUAUAACCCCCACAAGGAGCGGCUGAAUAAGCUCAAGCGGGAGCGCGAACGAUAUGAAGAAGAUAACUUUGUUCGAUUACAGGUGUCUAAACAAGAGAGGCACGCUGAUCGCUUGCAAGGUUUCGCUGCUUUGGAUGAUAUCACGGAAUUUGGAGGACAGGGCGAUCCUGAUUUUGUAGAUCAAGGUCCAUCAAAAAAGCGACGAAAAGCUAGUUCCAAGAAAUAUAAAAAAAAGUGGGGCCAAAAGGGUUUUAGAGGAAAAAAAAAAUAAAGAGAGAAUGACAUUAGAACAAGACAUUCUAUCAUGUUGUUUGGACUUUUCAGUCAAUACCAAUAUUUAAAAAAUAUUAACAUUAAACAAGUUCCUUUAUAAAAUAAAACAACGAACAAACCACUGAUUUUCUACGAAACAGUAAUAUAUAAGGAAUUACUUAGAAAUUAAUGUGUGCGAUCCUUUUCUUUAUCUUAUUGGGUACAUCGAUGAAGGUGCAAUGUUUAUAAUAGUAUAAUCUUCAGAUGUUACUGUUGUACUUUGUAGCAACCAAUGUGUUGCCCUCUUGAUAUACCAGCUUGUAUGUAGUCGUAAUAUUAUUACCUUCUAGUAAAAAUGGUAGCAACUUAAGGGUGGUCGCAACACCUAGAAUAUCUGAAGAAUAAAGCUGUACGAACGCAUUUAUACUGUACACGGUAUCUUCGUGCAGGGUUUUAUCGCAACAGGAAAGCUUCAUGGAGGGCUUUAAUAUCCGUGGAGAUGCUUUCCCUGUCAAUAAAUGGGCUUCGCUUCUUCGUAGAGCCAUGAUUAUCGGGUGGCGGAUCGGUGGGAGUUCUGAAAGCAAUAUUCUAGUCCGGUUUUGCAUUUACGAGCGAUCAUUUUAAAUGAGUACUCGUGAAGAUGCUGUGGGUAGAACCAACACGUUCUCCUUACCUCUUGCCAAGCCAUAAACAACACUAAAAGGGCUACAUGAAAGCUAUUUUUGUAGAUAACGAUGAAGAAUCAUUAGAGCAAAUAAUCGGCAAAAACCUCUCAAAAAGCUAUUUUAAUUGAACGUACCUCAGCUAAUGCCAGAAUUCUGAAAGACCGAAAUCUUUUGAUUUCGGUCAGAGGUUUUUGAAGUUUUACAUAAACAGACGUAAAAGGAGAUGAGGUACUCAACUAAAACACUACGUUUAUUCUUAAUAUAGACAAACCAAAAGUUGUCUGUGACUCUCAACCCUCGUCCUACUGUAAGACCUUCACACCACUACUACCUACUGUUUGAAAAUCUUAGAUAGUCUUUAGGUGACGGAUAGGUAUUAUUCAUUUAUUUUUGACUUGACUCGGGCAAACUAGAAUAACUUCAACAAACCUAUGUGAAUUACAAAUCUAUUUUUGGCUUUCACGCGCAACGCAAACUAAAAGAGAACUGCUACCGUGUAUAACAAGUACACGAAAUAAUAAGCCAAUAUAAUAAUUAUCAGAUUAUUUUAGGUCCGACUACGCGAUAU